CGAUCCACAGCACCGUGAUGACGUCAUGACGGAAAGCUCCAAGCCUUUUCUUGUCACCCCGCCCAUCGCAUCGAGCAAACGAUCUUUUUUACCCUGCCGAUAUCUCUGUCACAACUUACCCGCCUCAGUCAUGUCUGACUUCACGGACGAUCAAAUCCAGGAGUUUAAGGAGGCGUUCCUGCUGUUUGACAGAACAGGAGAUGGGAUGAUCUGUUACACUCAGUGUGGGGAUGUCAUGAGGGCCCUUGGACAGAACCCCGUCACCGCUGAUGUCCUCAAGGUCCUGGGCAACCCCAAAGCUGAGGAAAUGAACACUAAGAUGUUGGACUUUGAGAAGUUCCUGCCCAUGCUCCAGACCAUCGCUAAGAAUAAAGAUCAGGGCUCCAUGGAAGACUUUGUUGAGGGACUUCGUGUAUUUGACAAGGAAGGCAACGGCACAGUUAUGGGUGCAGAGCUACGUCACGUUCUCACCACACUAGGUGAGAAAAUGACAGAAGAAGAAGUGGAGACACUCCUCGCAGGGCACGAAGACGCAAAUGGCUGCAUCAAUUACGAAGUGUUUGUGCGCCACAUCAUGUCAGGCUGAGGGCCGGUACGGGCAUUGGAACUGGUCAGGAUGGUCAUGAACGGCUGAAGACCAAAAGAAUCCGUCGUGUUCUUUUUUUCUACCCUUUCACGUUUGCAAUGAGCUUCCUCCAUCUCCACUUGCUCUUUUCAUGGAUUUGUCUAAAGAUGAGAUAUGACCUUUGCUGAUCAUAUACUGUACAUGACCAACACGUGCAUUCAGGCGCUCAACGCUUUUGUUUGCAUUCCAUUCCAAAAUGCGUCCCUUGACACUUCUCCAAUUUGGACAUGAUGGCAUAUCGUAAUAACUACUGCUGGUAGUGUCAUUUUUGGAUGGGACUUAUUUAUAAACAUACACAUUAACCGAUGAAGUAUCUGAUCUCCUCACUUCAUUGGCCUUUUGAAGUCACAGCAGACCAGUAUAAUUACAGCCACCCAAACGGUAGGUGGCGUUUCAAAUAUUUCCCAUGGUUUUAAUUCACCUUCUCUUGCGCAUAUCAAUAAAUGUUUCCUGGAAUAUUA